GCUGCAGAGCUGCAGGCUGACAGGUGAGCGUCUCUCUGCUGCUGUGACAACAACAAGAAGCAGAAGUGGAGCGGAGAUGCGUCUGAGCUGGCGUGUGGCUGCGCUGCUGCUGCUGCUGCUGGCGGCUCAGACUGCAGCUCAGAGCGGAGACGGAGACACUGACACAGAGCCGAGGAUCAGCUGCACCUCUCACAUCUCCAUGAAGGAGAGCAGUGUGGCCUGUCAGCUGAUCGAAGGCCACAGCGAAGACGAUGAGGAUGACAACGAAGGCGACUUCAUCGACAGAAUGAUCAUGUGCUCAUCUUCUGUCCACAGCUACAGAGACUUUGCUGUGAACAAGAUCAGAUGUCUGAACGACUCCGGAGACGAAAUCACCUCCAAAGAUCUGCAGCCGCUGGCUCAGUUCAUCCUGACCGUCCACCUGAAGAGAGGAGGAACCAUCACCACCCCGCUCGACCUGAAAAAAAUAGUGAAACCCAGAAGUCCUCAUGUGUGGAACGUGACUUUCAACCAGGAGUCCAACCAGGCUGUGUUUCAUAUCCGGACCCCGUACCACAACGAUUACCUGAAAAUAAACAAUCAGCGGUUCCAGCUGCACAUCUGGACGGUUGACAGUGAAAUAACUCAAGAUGUCUUCCAAAAAGACACUUUGGCCAUCAGCAUGGAGCACCUGCAGAAGAACAGGAAGUACCACGUCAAAGUGCGAGCCAUGCCGAGCGAACAUCUGCAGGGAAGCUGGAGCGAGUGGGGCAAAACUUACAGCUUCUCUUCUCCUGCUGGAGAAAACAUGCAGUGGGAGUCGAUCUACAAACUGAUCGCGUGUCUCGUCCCGUUGGUGGUUCUGACGUUCAGCGUUGUUUUCUUCUGGAAGAACAAAAUAUUCACCUACAUGUGGCCGAACAUCCCACAUCCCAAACACACACUGGUGCAGAUCUGCAAACCUAAUAAAGGUCUUCUGCUGCACAUCAAACCGGAGGUCUUCAGCGCCCUUAAAAUCUCCCCGAUAGAGAAAGCAUCAUGUGAGGAAACAGAGCCCUCGAUUCCUGCUGCUGCCGACCGUUCCAACGCUCCCUCCUCCACCCAGAGCUCCGACUGCUCCAGGGACAACGCCAGCAUCAGCACCGAGGAGCUGGAGCUGCUGAGCAGGAGCUCCUCCGACGGAGAGGACAGCGUCCAGAACAGCGGUCCGUCCCCGGUGGACGUCCCCCGGUUGGCUGAGCGACCUCAUACACCUGAAUGCAGUGCCGGACAGAAGGAGCCUGAGGUGUUUGCAGUGAGCCAGCAGGAGGAGGCCUACGUCACCAUGUCCAGCUUCUACCAGAUCAAUUAG